CCCGUCUACUCGUGUGCCCAAGAGUCAAUCGAGCACUGACGUGAAACCGAGCCAAACCUUAUCGACGCUGCCUGCUGACGUUCCAUCCCGUCUCAUCUCAUCUGAUCGUCCGUAUCGGCGGUGCAUCGUUCCGCCGACGUAGCUCGGUAGGCAAUGACGAAUGACGAUGAAACUAAGAUCUCGAACAUUCCCACCCACUCGUUGCUUCGCCCGUCUUACGGCAUGACCCUCUGCAACUGCAGCAGCUGAACGACCUCUCGACAUUCUCCGAGCCACACAACGACCAUCUCCAUCCUUCCGCACCUCUCCGGCGCCGUCCGAGCACCCUCUGUACACUGGCACCAUGCCAGCGUCUGACUACAACGCCCGCGCCCUCGCGCUGCCCAUCGACGACGAGGAAAGAGGUCCAGCGCCAUCAUGGAGUCGCCGUUCAACCACGGCAUCCUUUGCGCGCAACUCCAGCGCAUCCCAGCGGGGCCGCUCCUCUAUGCGACAUCGCGUCAUGGACAGCUACUCCAAGCUGAGCCGGCGCGUGACGGGCCAGUACAACAAGCUGUCUCCGACGCAGAAAGUCCUGGUUGUUGUAGGAGGCAUCACUGCAGUCGUGUUGGGGAUACUGUUCAUGAUCUUCAAUGAGCGCAUCUUUGGGAAACUGCUGCCUGUUGCGAAGAGGUGGAGGGACGUUCGGGGUGGCUGGCUGGUGCUGUGGGGGUUGAUAUUCACCGUCUCCUUCCCGCCACUUAUCGGCUACUCGAGUCUGCUCACCAUCGCGGGAUUCGUCUAUGGCUUUCCAAAUGGCUGGUUCAUAGCCGCCUCUGCCACCAUCGUCGGCUCCACAACCUCCUUCCUCCUCUCGCGCUCUAUCCUCAAGAACUACGUCGACCGCCUAAUCGCAAACGACACGCGCUUCGCCGCCCUUUCCCUCACCCUCAAACACGAUGGCCUCAAGCUCCUCGUCAUGAUCCGCAUGUGCCCGCUUCCCUACUCCCUCUCCAACGGCGCCAUCGCCACCUUUCCAACCGUACACUGGGCCUCAUUCGCUCUAGCAACCGCCAUGGUAUCUCCCAAACUCAUGCUGCACGUCUUCAUCGGCUCGCAGCUUGAGAAAAUCGCCGAGAGCGGCGGCAAGAUGGAUCCGCGUACCAAGGCACUGAGCUACGUGAGCAUCGCGAUUGGAGCCGUGGCAGGUGUCGCGACGGGGUGGCUCAUGUACCGCAAGACGAAGCAGCGGGCGCGGGAGCUCGAGGAAGAAGAGCGCCAAGGGGCUAGACGGGCGAGUGUUGAUGAGUUGGAGGAUGAAUACUCGGAUGAUCCUGCGGCGCUCGAGGCUGCAGAGAUGCUGAGGGAGGAGGAUGACGACAUUAGCUUGAGGACGGCCUGGGAUGAUGAGUACCGUGAUGAGCCGGAGACGGGCGACGCGCUGGAGAUUGGAAGCGAUCCGUUUAGUGAUGGAGAUGGGACCGACGAGCAAGAUCGAAGAGGGAGAAAGUAGACCCUGCCCUUGCAACAUUUAGACGUCCGCUAUUGCUAGAUUUGGAUAGAAUAGAUUCGUGUCAUUGCUUCAAACCACGCGGCAUUUCAGAAUCCCCCCAUACAGACCAUCGCCUCUCUUACUUCUCCAUCCACUCCACCCCAGAUUACACCGUCUCCCCAAACACCCCCGCACUCUCAUGCCCCCCAACCCUCAGAAAAAUCUUCAUACU